UAUAGGUAUCAUACCAAGCCUCAAUAUCAUGAAGAUUUUAAUUGUGGCAUCUGUCGCCGUUUUGUUUACAGCCUCGCUGCUCUCAGCACAAGAGAAAGAGCAAGAGGAAGGUGAAGCUGCAGCGGCCGUAGCAUGCAUAAAUAACACCGACCAAGUCCACACUGCGGGAAACUUUACAGAAGAUAAAUUCUUCGACGACCCGAUAUCGAAACAGUACUAUGUCUGCCUCAUGGAAACACUUGAGGAGAUGGUAGACGGCGUUAUAAACAUUGCAAAUGUGAUGAAGCACAUGGGAAAUGCAUCAGAACAGGCGAAGGAAGCAGUGAAAGGUUGUGCAAAGUGUGCAAAGAAAGAAUCUGACAAAGGCGACAACGCGUAUAAUUUCUUGGUAUGUUUGAGAAAUAACACUGAUGAAAUAACAACCAAUGAUGUUACUUGCUAACUGUAUUGAAAUAGCUGAAGCAAUAUGUUAAAAUUAUCUACUAUUAAUUAGCAACUGUUAAAAAAACUAGUUUUAUUUAAUUACCAUUUGUUACAAGUUGGAAGAGUGCCUAGACAUCACGUUU